ACAGUUGUUACUUCUGCCAUAGGCCCCGUGAACUCUCUAAAAAAGUCCAAAAGUUGCGUAAGACGAUCAUAUGAAUAUACUACUAUGAUCAUAUCGUUCUAUAUCCUAUUUCAUAACUUCUUACUUCAAAGGUGAUCGAUUGAUCUCUCUCUAGCAUUGCCUGUCACAAAUUUUAAGCAUUACAAAGACGCAGGUCAAUUAGCUUUUGAUUGAAUGGGGUUAAUCACUGCUCAGGGUAAACAGCCGCUCUUCUCCUUUGGAAUUAUAUCAGAUGUUCAAUAUGCUGAUAUUCCUGACGGUCGUUCCUUUCUUGGUGUGCCUCGAUAUUAUAGACACAGUGUACUUGUGUUGGAAAGGGCAGUCCAGAAUUGGAAUAGGCUCCAACAUCUUAGUUUUGCUGUCAAUUUUGGCGACAUUGUUGAUGGAUUCUGCCCAAAGGACCAGUCUCUAAAUGCUGUAAAGAUGGUUGCUUCCAAAUUUGAAGAAUUCAAUGGCCCUGUAUACCACAUGAUUGGCAACCACUGCCUCUAUAAUCUUUCUCGUGAAACGCUACUCCCAUUAUUGAAGAUUCCAAGUCAUGAUUGCAGUGCUUAUUAUGAUUUUUCACCAACACAUGAUUACCGAUUAGUUGUUCUUGAUGGCUAUGAUAUUAGUGUCAUAGGUUGGCCUGAAGAUCAUCCAAAAUCAAUGGAAGCUGUGAGUAUUCUCAAGGAAAAGAACCCGAACUUAGAUAAAAAUAGUCCUGUUGGACUCAAUGGUCUUGAAAGAAGGUUUCUGAUGUUCAACGGAGCAAUUGGAAGGGAACAGCUGGAAUGGUUAGAUCAAGUCCUCCAGAAUGCAACUGAUCUGAAACAGAAGGUGAUCAUCUGCUGUCACCUGCCUCUAGAUCCUGGCGCAACGACACCUGAAGCAAUUCUAUGGAAUUACAAUGAAGUGAUGGAUGUUAUACACAAAUACAAGUGUGUAAAAGUCUGCUUUGGUGGCCACGAACAUAGAGGGGGUUACUCAGUUGAUUCCCAUGGGGUCCAUCACCGUGUUUUCGAAGCAGCCCUUGAGUGUCCUCCCAAUUUGGAUGCAUUUGGGUAUGUUGAUGUGUAUGAUGAUAGAAUAUCACUUGUUGGAACCGACAGGAUGAAGAGCACAGAUAUGGUGUUUGAUUCGUGACCUCUUGCUGUUUGGUAAUGUAUUCUUUAUCUAACAAAUUUUUCCUCUUCCUCUUCCUCUUCUUCCAAUUCAAUAUUGUUACGUUAUUGUUAGAUUCGAUAGCUGGUGCCUUAUGGUCCAUGGAUCAGCUCUUUUGUAAACGAGUUCCGUGGAUGGUAUUACCUACUGCAAAAUGUAGGUCUGAUUAUAAGGAAUAAAAAUUAUACUGCUAUUUUAGUGUC